CGAGCCUAUUGACACUUUAAAGUUGUAUACGUGUGGGUUUCUUUGGUCUUCUUUUUUGACGUGGUUAUUCGAUAUCUUCCAAUCUGCGAGUGGUUGGUAUCUUUAUAUUUGAAGGAAGAACUGAAUAAGUCCGUAAGAGGUCACUUCAGAAAAAUAGUUUUUUACACUGCCAGUUUUCCCUUCCUACAUCCCGUAGGCGUGCCAAAAUGCGUACUCAAAUACAAUAUUCAUACCAAAAAAAACAGUUACCAGGUUUUUUCCCGAUGCUAUUGUCCCUCAUGCUUAUUGGAUAUUCGUCUGCCCAGAGAGUGGCUCCAGGCGUUCCUCCGCAACACUAUCAACAAGUCCCAGUGCAGCACGCUCAGCAACCGCAAUAUCAGCAGCAGCAACAACAAGUGCACCAUGCUCCUAAUGUUCCGCCGCAAAAUUAUCAACAACAAGCGCAAUAUCAGCAAGUGCCUGUCCAACAACAAACUCAAUAUCAACAGCAACAACAACCAGUGCAGCAACCAAUCCAACAACAGCAACAACAACAACCACAAUUUCAACAGCCUCCACAACCGGUACAGCAGCAACAUCCGCCUCAUCAGGCUCACCAUGGGCAACAGCAAGUCUUAAAUGCAGCAAAUAUGGAACAUGAAAGAGCUCACAUUCAGGAGCAUAUGCAGGUUCCAAUCGAUACGAGUAAAAUGUCGGAAGCAGAGCUGCAAUUUCACUACUUUAAAAUGCAUGAUUCUGACAACAACAAUAAAUUAGAUGGCUGUGAAUUAAUAAAAUCACUUAUACACUGGCACGAGCAAGGAAGUAAAGAGCAACAGCAUAACGAGCAAGCACCACAUGUUGAAGAGAAAAUAUUUUCUGAUGAAGAGCUAGUAGCAUUAAUAGAUCCCAUUUUGCAAAUGGAUGAUACGUCACGCGACGGUUACAUCGACUAUCCUGAAUUUAUAAAGGCGCAACAAAAGGCUGUGGCAGCAUCACAACAAAAACAACAGCAGCAACCUCAAAGCGGACAGUAAAGUGUUGCAAACGAGAAUGUCUCACUUUGUUAAUAAGUCGCCUGUACUGCUUAAGUAGAAUUCUAAAGACUCCAUGACAGAAUAAUUUGCGAAAAAAUGUGAUUUAAAUUGUUUUAAAAUUUUUGUAAUUUUCCAAAAAUAAUAUAUUUCGCAAUUGCAUCUAUAUAUAUAAGUAUGUAAGAGGAUGUACGUAUAUAACUUUGUUUGUUUCGUUUUGAUCUUGAUCAUUCCACGUAAAAGGCAACUUUUCUAUUGAUUAAAACAAUGAAAUUAAUGUAGAUAUAAUUUUGCAUACGAACAAAUAUAAUUUUAAAUAUUUUGGCAACUGUUUUCGGUAUUUCUAUUAUCUCGAUUAUUUUAUACAUUUUUUUCUGAUUUAUUUAAUGCUAAAUAUUUUUUAGAAUUGAGCUCCUAAAGCGCACAUGGAAUGUGAAUUAAGUUAGAUUUUCUACUACAAUUCAAUGAAAAUAAAGAUUAAACGAGGCGAAAGAAAUUACGUAAAAUAACAAUACACAACUUUUUAAUGUUAAAUAAAAUUAGUACAACAAUUAAUACAAAGGAAAACAGGACUGAUUGUGGUAAAAUUCCGCAAGAAAAAUAAUAAAGGAUUAAAUAAAGAA